AGGAUCGUUCGCCUCCAAUGCACCAAAGCAAACAAACACUCUUGCCCUCGGAAGUUGCAUAUUUCCAUAAACUGCUCUAUGGAUAAAAAGCGUCCUUGAGUGCCGUCAGUGUUGUUUGUGAUUCAGCUCGAUAUGUCUGAAAAGCAGCCUCUUUGCGCUCUGGUUUUCUUAACUUCACUCUUCUGCUCGACAUGCUCACAUGGGACACGGUUCGUUCAUUCAGCUGCCCUAGAUGCGGAUGGGAGAUACAACAUUAAGUGGGGAUUUGACGAGUCCACGAUAACUUUUGAAGUAGAAGUGGAAACGAGAGGAUAUAUAGGAUUCGGUUUGUCACCGACCGGUGCGAUGUCUUCGUCUGAUAUCGUGAUAGGUGGUGUGCUCAACGGAAGUUCGUAUCUGCUGGACUACUUUACAGACUCGAACAGAAAGGUCCACAAAGAUCCACUGCAGAGCUACCAGCUUCUGUACGGCAGAGAGAAUGGCACACAUACUGUCCUGGCUUUCAGCAGAAACCUCCAGACCUGUGAUGACAAUGACAAAGUCAUUACGGGCAGUACAGUGAGAGUGAUCUGGGCGUUCCAUGAGGAGGACGUGGGAGUGUCAGGACUAGUCUACCAUGGGAUGAACAGAGGCAGAAAGAGUCUGCGAUUACUCAACCCUGGAAGCAGCUCCAGCAUCCCAGCAGGAACAGCUUUCUUUGACCUUCAGAACGAGGAGGUUCCUGUGCCUCAUAAGGAUACAACAUACUGGUGUCAGAUCUAUAGAUUUCCAGAGCUGAAGAAGAAACAUCAUGUAAUCAGAAUAGAGCCAUUGAUUCAGAAAGGUCAUGAGAAUCUGGUUCAUCAUAUUCUGCUCUACCAGUGCGACAGCAAUCUGAACAAGAGUGAGAUCAACAGAGGACAUGAAUGCUACCAUCCAAAUAUGCCAGACUCCUUCUUCACCUGCGAAACCGUCCUGUUCGCCUGGGCUAUUGGGGGAGAGGGCUUCACCUAUCCUCCACAUGUUGGAAUGUCUAUAGGAACCUCAAUAGACCCAGUCUAUGUACAGAUGGAGAUUCACUUUGAUAACCUAUCUUUACAAAGAGGGACAGUGGACAGUUCAGGCCUGCGUUUGUACUAUAGCCCCAGCCUGAGGCGCUAUGAUGCUGGGGUCAUAGAGACAGGAGUGUGGGUCAGUCUCUACCACAUGCUGCCCCCAGGCAUGCAGGAUUAUAUUACAGAAGGACACUGCACACAGGAGUGUCUCCAGGAGUCAUUAGACAGUGAGAUGCCCAGUGGAGUUCAUGUGUUUGCAGUUCUGCUCCAUGCUCACCUGGCAGGACGGGCUAUCAGAACCAGACACUUCCGCCAGCAGGUCGAGCUCCAGCCACUUGCCUCAGAUGAUCAGUUUGAUUUCAACUUCCAGGAGUUCCAGCCACUCAGCCAGGAGAGGAUCAUCCUGCCUGGAGAUUCUCUAAUCACUGAGUGUAGAUACAACACUAAAGGCAGAAUGAACAUGACCUGGGGAGGUCUUAGUACACGUGAUGAGAUGUGUUUGUCGUAUCUGCUGUACUACCCCAGGGUUAACCUAGCCAGGUGUGAGAGUUUACCAGAAAUCACCGGCCAGCUCAAAUUCAUUGGGGUCAAAAAGAUUCAGGAGCCUGUUACAACUUGGCCAUUUGUGAUUAAGAGUCCUAAGAAAUACAGCAACCUUUCCUUCACGGAGGCCAUGGACAAAUAUAAGUGGACGAGGAAGAGAGGGAAAGCGUUCAACAACAUUGUACGGAAACUUCCCAUGAAUGUCCGCUGCUCCAAGAUCGGCCAGGAUGAGUGGUCGAUUCAAGGGAUGAUCGUCUCUCCUCCGGAGCUAAAGUUAGAGCAGACGUCUGCUGCUGUCGUGACCUGUAGGAAUAUCUCAGAAAUUCACUGUGAAAGUUCCCUCGCUCUGCUGCUCACUGCUUGUCUCUUGCUCAUACUGCAGACCUGCUUUCCCCUCUAAUGUCUGCUGUCAUCUCAUCCCAUGUACUCAUAAACACACAUACCUACAGCAGGUUCCAUUGGGCCUAGUGUUUUCCAGCUACAGUGAAGCUCAAGAUUUACACCUUGCAGACAGUA